GCACAGCGAUCACCUCCCAACCAGCAAGGCACUAUGCCCUCAGACGUCACCUACAUGAUAGACCUUCUCUAUUUCCUCGGUAGUAUAUUUCCAUCCCUUGGUAUGAAGGACCGUUACAUGUGCUCCCUUCUAUAUAGAACAGAGACCUCCCUUCAAUCAUCCUCAUAGACCAUAUUUCUCCAAGAUAGAUCCCAUCAUCUGUCUUACCUCUCUCUCCCUCCUUCUCUGUCGAUCCCUUGCGCAGUCAAUCAACACCUGUGCAACACACCAUGUACCCCUCAACCAUCCUCGUCGCCAUAGCUACCCUCCACGCUACAAUUACUCCUUCCGUGCUAGCCAGCCCCCUCACGGACGUGAUCUCGCGCAUCCAGAACUCCUGCCAGCUUGAAGGGCCUGGUAGUAUCGCCAACUUGACAUGUAGUAAUACUUGUACUGGGCAAGGGGAGGGGUGGAAAGGGGGUUAUUGUGAUCGUGAGCAGAUCUGUCAUUGUCUUGUUUGAUGUAGGAUGGUGAUACAGUACUCUUAGGGUGACUUGCCUCUGUUAUUAUGAGUAGUGGGCUUGCUGGUGUGCUUUUGAGGGAUUGAAUAUAUUUAUAUUUCAGCGCCAUUCGCAUCAGCACUAUUUCUGAUUUUGUUGUGG